AUGAAAAACCAUCCGGUUCCUGCCUGCAAAGGGAGUGUUUUAUACACAGGUGUGCAGCGCUCCUGGGCAGGUCACGACGUGUCACUCCGAUCCGGGCGCAGCGCGAGGGCCAAGCCUGACCUCCCCAAAAGGAGCGAGUGGCCCAGUGGCCCCUGGGCUCUGCACCAGGCUGCUCGCCUGCAAGAAGAGACGGCCCACAGGCCCUGCCCCGGCUCCUCUGGCAGCGGGUUAAACCCCAAGGAGGACUUCUGUUCAGAGAGAUCAGUGCUUGCCCAGCCUACAUUUGUUUUUGAAAAGAAGGACCGUCCUUUGAAGCGGCCUGCAGAAGACCCAGUUUGCAAAGCUGAAAAUGAUUUCAUCGGUUGUUCCAGAAAGCGUGCAAGAUCAUCAUCUUUUACUUUCCAGAAGUCUGACCCUCAGUCUAACACAGAUACAACUCUUGCUCAGAAAAGAGGGAGAUCAUCUUCCUUUACCAUCCUUCCUACCUUCCCUCCCUCCCAGCCAGUAAAGAAAAAUAACAUAUUCAUGACCUCAGCUCUUCUCCGAAGAAACCCUGACUUGAUCAAAAGUACAAAAGAAGGAUCCUUGUCACAAAGUCAGUUGCGGAAUGUCAUAAGACCAGCCAUUUUACAACCCCCACAAGCUGCGACCUGUCCUGAAAAUCCUGUAGUAUCUCUAGUAACUAAGAAAGAAGCACAUGUUCAGCUAUCUGAAGACAGCUCUUACUCCUCAGCUGAGAAUUCAGUAAGUUCCAAAACAGCAGCAAGGUCAUCUGCUACUGUGAAUCUUUCUAGCUCUAAAACAGCACACCUCCUUCUAAAUUCACAUUCUUAUGUUAUUUGUUCCCACAGAAGUCAGUUGUUUGAAGACAGAAGUGUACAAACCAGCAGCAAUUCUGAUUUUGUGUUUGGAGAAAACAUGGUUGAGAGAGUUUUGAGUCCUGAAAAGCAUCCCAAGCUGUGUAAUGAAGCUGAUUCGUACAAAGGAGAAAUAACAUCCAUGUACAUGGAAUCUUUUCAUGUCUGUCCACAAACAAAAACAGCUUUGCUGAGGAAUGCAACACUAAUUGAAUCAGCAGCUGCUUGUAUUUCCAAGCCAGUGGAGAAAAUUCUGUUAGAUAAAGUUGAAGUUAUAACUGGAGAAGAAGCAGAACACAAUGUAUUACAGAUCAACUGCAAGCUGUUCAUAUUUAAUAAGCUUUCUUUAACCUGGAUUGAAAGAGGCGCAGGAUCUCUGAGGCUUAAUGACACUUCUAGCAAUAAGUGUGGAAUGUUGCAGUCAAGGCUAAUUAUGCGAAAUCAAGGGAGCUUGAGACUGAUUCUCAACACCCGACUCUGGGAUCAAAUGGUUAUAAAAAGAGCAAACAGAAAGAGCCUGUGCUUCACUGCAACAGACCAAGAGGACCACUCUGUUCAGGUAUUUCUAAUUCAG